ACCAUAUAUAAGUCCUUAUCUUUCAAAGCUCCUGGCAUCGCAAUUUGGUCUCUCAUUUGGUGCUUCCGUGUUUCUCACCUGAGUUGAGCCUGAGCCCUAGCCUGAGAUCAAGAAGAAGAAAAUGGGAGGAGGCAACGGUCAGAAGUCAAAGAUGGCUCGUGAGAGGAACUUGGAGAAGCAAAAAGCCGCCGGCAAGGGAAGUCAGCUUGAGUCAAACAAGAAAGCCAUGAGCAUCCAGUGCAAAGUGUGCAUGCAGACGUUCAUUUGCACCACUUCGGAGGUGAAAUGCAAGGAACACGCUGAAGCCAAACACCCCAAAUCUGAUUUAUUCACAUGUUUCCCUCAUCUUAAGAAAUGAAACAGAAACGACAAAAGUAACUAUCCAACCACCAUCUCCAUCUCUAAUUUCUUAAUCAUCUCUAAUUUCUUAAUCGUGAUUAAGUCAUCCUUGUAGACUCUUGGAUGUUAAUUAAUCAAGGUCUGUGGACUAUGUUUAAUAGCAUGCUAAUUUGAUGUGUGAUUUUUUAGUUGCA